AUGAACGUUUUAGGAUUGUUGCUGGUUGUUGGGAUUUUGGGGAACGGUUGGUUGGUGAAUGCGUUCAGGGCGGACCUGCUGCUAGCCACGCAGAUCGUCCACCAGGAGAAGAAGUUCUCGGAGGCGGCUGUCGUGACCAAUUCGGAGAUUUGCACCAACAUCGGACUUUUUUUUUACUACUACAGUGAGAUCCUUUCGGAAGAGGGAAGCGCCGCAGACGCAGCCAUCGGCGCGCUACUCUGCGAAGGCGUGACAAAUCCGCAGAGCAUGGGUGUCGGUGGCGGCUUCCUACUGACCUUUUACAACGGUGCUACCAAGAACGUGGAGGUGCUGAACGCGCGCGAGUCGGCGCCCAAAGCCGCUAGCAAGGAUAUGUUCGGAGGACCAGCAUCGGGAGACGGCGAUAUCGGAACGGGUGCACUCUCUGUCGCCGUUCCCGGGGAACUUAUGGGCUAUUGGGCACUCCAUCAGAGAUACGGGAAGAUGUCCUGGUAUGACAUUUUCAAGCCGACGAUCGAUCUCUGCGAGCACGGGGUGACUGUGACGCAUUAUACGGCGCGGAUGAUCGGCCAUCUCCGCGACGAAAUCCUCGCCUCGGCCACCAUCAAAGAUCUGAUGACUAAUCCGCAGACGGGGGACCUCUACAAGGAGGGUGACUUAAUGCUGAGACCGGCGCUUGCGGAAACCCUGGAGAUGGUCGCGAAGCACGGCCCCUCUGUCCUCUACCACGGCAAUCUGACCGAAGAUUUCAUCUACGAUAUCAGAGAUAACGGAGGCAUCAUCACCGUCGAAGACAUGAAACAUUACAGCGCGUCGUGGUUGACUCCUGUCAGCGGUGUGAUCGGCGAUUUCAAGGUUUUCUCUGCACCAUCUCCUGGAUCCGGCAGACUGCUGCUAACGAUACUCGAGGUGAUGAGCAAAAAGCUAUCUUGCAAGGACGAUCUGUUCUGGCAUCGCCUUGUCGAGUGCUGGAAGUUCGCUUUCGGCUUGCGCAGCUCCAUGACCGGUCCGUGCAUCGGAGAUAAGGCGACAAACGACAGCAAACAGCACGACGGAGCCGUCGUCCGCGACAUCAUCAAAAAGAUGAAAGACUGUUCGAUCUAUCCGAGUCCCAAGGACUACUUCGAGCAUGGUAAACCGGCGGCCCCGGAUCACGGCACCUCGCAUCUCGCCGUUCUGGCACCAAACGGAGAUGCCGUCUCCGUUACCAGCACGAUAAACUUGAGCUUCGGCUCGAUGUUCGCCUCCGAGUCGACCGGUAUCAUCCUCAACAAUGAGAUGAUCGAUUUUAGCAUCCCACAUCAUUACGAUUUCAAGUCGUCGAAAGGCGACGGCAAUCUGAUUGCGCCCAACAGGCAACCGAUGUCUUCGAUGCUGCCCACCAUCGUGCUCGACAAGAAUCGCGACUUGCGGCUCGUGAUUGGAUCUUCGGGCGGCUUCAAAAUCAUCACCUCGACCAGCGCCGUCAUUCUUCAGCAUCUGUUCAUGGGCGUCGGUCUCGAGGAAGCCGUCCACAACAGAAGACUGCACCAUCAGCUCAGACCGAUGCUCGUCGAGUACGAGGAGGGUUUCCACGACGAGGUUCUGCAUUCGCUCAUGUCCAAGGGUCACAAGUUGCAGCAGCUGGACGCCGCCUCCAAGCCGAACACCAGCUCCAGCAUGUCCAUGCACUCGGGCGUUAACGCCAUCGCCGUCGUCUCCGGUGAGAUCCACGCCGUUGCCGAUUCCAGGAGGACCGGCGUCGCGGACGGCUACUGACUGAAGCACCUACUCACAAUA